AUGGCGGAUCUAUCAAUAACAAACACGCUUUCUGGUGCUUAAAAGUCUAUUAAUAAUGAGUCUGGCAUCUUCAGACGAAAUAAAACCAGAGGAUAUUCACAAUCUGUUGGAACAUUGUGUUAAAACUGCACACAAAGUUAAAGAUGGCGACAUUGAGGGUGAAUUUAUCAUGGAGAGAUGUCUUGUAUUAUUUUCAAAGGAUUAUCGAUAUUCGGUGAUAAAAAACUUUAGUGGAGAGCUGUGUGGCCAUUAUCCCAGUAAGGUAGUUUUUUUAGAGUACCAACUAUCGGACGAUGAAAGAAACUGCAAGAAGCGGUACGAUGAUGUACAGAGUAUGUAUGAUGUUCCCAGAAUGAGAGAAUUGAUAAAACAGGCUCGUUAUGCACGAUGCAGAUCUCGUUUUCCUGUGCCUGUCAUUCUGUAUGAAGGCAAGCAUGUUUGUCGUUCAGCAACUCUGGCGAGUGGAGCAGAAAUGUUUGGACGCACUGGUCUAGAUUUUCUAUUUUCAGCCCCUGACAGGCCGCAGGAAGAGGCAGCAGACCGUGGAGGGGGCUCUGGUGCAGACACAUUUGACCGAUUUCGAGGUCAUGACAUUAAUUUAUUAAAGACACUGUCUAUUAGAUACAUCUGUGAUCUCAUGGUGGAAAAGAAGAAAGUGAAGUUUGGAAUGAACAUUACUUCAUCAGAAAAGGUGGACAAGGAGAACAGAUAUGCUGAUUUCUGUAUUCUGUCUGUCCCAUAUCCAGGUUGUGAAUUUUUCAAGGAAUGGAAGGAUAAUUCAUAUUUUGGAGAAAUGAUGAAAUUUGAUUGGAAUCAGGAUUAUGUUGAUGCCAACUUAGACAUUCCAGAUGAUUCACUACUUAAUAAAAUUGGCCUAGAUUGGAAGAAGUACAGAACAUGGGACAUAAUUCAACUGACACAAAACUACAUGAAAUUAUUUAUUCACAUCUUGAGGGAGGGGAACACGGGUAUCCUGGUUCACUGUAUCUCGGGCUGGGACAGAACCCCCAUGUUUAUAUCUCUCCUCCGUCUGUCACUGUGGGCUGAUGGAGCUGCUCAUGCUACACUCUCCCCAGCGGAGAUUUUAUAUCUCACGCUGGCUUAUGAUUGGUAUCUUUUUGGUCACAAUCUUCCUGACAGAGUGAACAAAGGUGAAGAGAUUUUAUUUUUCUGCUUCAAUUUCCUGUCAUACAUUACAUCAGAUGAAUUUUCUCUCAAAUCCUCAAGUUCUGCCAGGAAAGUAAGCAGAACGGACUCAGAGUGCAAUAUGGAUGGAGUCUUGUUAGACUCGGACCAUCGCCGAUUCAGUAUUCGAGGAAGUAACACGAGUAUCAGUAGCCUAGGUAGCUGUGGUUUUGAAAAUGCCCCCGUCUUCUUCACAACAAAUCCAGAGGAGGAUCCACAUCUAUCACAUGGUAGAAAUCCCAGUGUCAGUAUAUCAGCGAGAUACUCUCCGGCUGCCAACAGACUGUCUUCAGAGAAUUCAUCUCAUUUUAACAGUAUCCAUUCUAAUUCUUCCUCCUCCUCAAGUCCAAUGGCGGUCCCCAACAAUCUCCGCAAAAUGGAGACCACCCGCUCAACUUCUGAAGGAUGUGGAAGCUGGCAGGUGGUGUCUAGUUGUGGUAGUCUUCGUGGAUUGGUAUCUUCCCAUGAUUCUCCACAUUCAGUAGGGUCCAGUGGCAGCUCGGGAAGACUCAGUUCAUGCCAGGAAGCCAUAGAAUAUGUUGAAAGCACAAGACAUAAAAAACUGGAUGCAGUGCGAAGAAUUUUCCAUAAUGCUUAUGUUAAUAAAAUUGCCGCCAAAUCUGGAGGAGCGGGCGGUAUUGGUAAUUUUCUGGACCAGUUUGCUGAGAAAGUUGGAAUAAGAAGUGGCAAGACUACCCUGGUGUGAUGUAGCACUGUUUAGUUAGGAAUCUUAUAGGAAGUGGAGUAAAGACAUACCAUUGUAUGUGUAGUUAGGAACCUUAUAGAAUGGAUGACUGAAUUAGCAGACUGCAGGAGAAACAAGGACCACAUCUUGUGUCUGAUUCCCAGAGAGAAAGUGUUAUUUUUGAUAGCUCUCUGUGAUAUCAUUGUAUUUCAUCUUUUCUCAUGAUUAACACAUUACAUGAUGAUGUUUUAAGUGUCAUCAGGGUACAUGUAUAUAUGUUUUUAUAGUAAAUGUGGGCAAUUGUUUUAAUGAAACAAAAAUACAUUUUCUUGUUGAU